AUGCCUGUUCCUGGAAAUCCAGACUUGAGUAACCCAAGGCUGGGUGCUGAAUGUGUGAUUAUUAACAAAAAUUCUUCUGACCUUCUUUUUCUGCUCUUCCUGCCAUUCAAGAUGUACGAGGCAGCAUCUGAAAUGCCCUGGCUCCUUCCUGGUUACCUGUGUCCCCUCACUACCUUCAUAUUCUUCUCUACCAUCUACACGAGCUCGCUGCUGCUGAUGGCUGUUAGCGUAGACCGCUACUUAUGUGUGGCAUUCCCGGUCAAGUACAAGAUCCCCCAGAAGCCUUUAUAUGGAGUCAUCUGCAGCAUCUUUGUCUGGAUCACUACAUCAACCCAUCUGUGCUUUGUAUACAUUGUGGAUCACCUGACCGGGGUAGACAGUCAGGGCCAUGACUGCUACAACAACUUUACUCAAUCCCAGCUGGAUGUAGUAUUACCCAUGCGCCUGGAGCUAUGCCUCGUUCUAUACUUCCUUCCGCUCAUUGUUUGCACCUUCUGCUAUGCAAGAUUCAUCCACAUACUCAGGCACACAGCCAGCCUCAAUGAAGGGAAGAGACGGAGAAAAUCCUGA